UCCCUCCCCACGAGCAGCCGCCGCGCUUUACGACAGAGCGGCCGGCAUGGCGUCUGUGUUCAGCGGGGCGCUGCAGCUCGCCGACCUGGACGAUUAUAUCACCCCCUCGCAGGAAUGCGUAAAGCCAAUAAAAGUUGAAAAGAAACCUGGAAAAGCAGCAGCUAAGAUCCGAAUUGAAGAUGACGGGAGCUACUUUCAGAUCAAUCAGGAUGGAGGAACAAAAAAGCUUGAAAAGGCUAAAAUUACCCUGAAUGACUGUCUAGCAUGUAGUGGCUGCAUCACCUCAGCAGAAAGUGUGUUAAUCACUCAGCAAAGCCAUGAAGAACUCUACAAAGCAUUAAGUUUUAAUAAGACAGCAGCUCCUAGUGAACAGAAGCUGAUUGUAAUUUCUGUUUCACCACAAUCCAGGGCAUCGCUAGCUGUGAGAUUUAAGAUGAAUCCUCUAGAAACAGCAAAGAAACUGACAGCUUUCUUAAAGAACCUUGGUGUGCACUAUGUGUUUGAUACAACCUUCUCUAGAAACUUCAGCCUCCUAGAGAGCCAGCGAGAGUUUGUGAAACGUUUUCGAAGGCAAACUGAAGACAAAAGGGCUUUGCCUAUGUUGGCCUCUGCCUGUCCAGGUUGGAUCUGCUAUGCUGAGAAGACCCAUGGAAGCUUCAUUAUUCCUUAUAUUAGUACAACCAAGUCUCCACAGCAGGUCAUGGGCUCUUUAAUCAAAGGCUAUUUUGCAGAACAACAGCAUUUAACCCCUGACCAGAUAUAUCACGUGACAGUGAUGCCCUGUUACGACAAAAAACUAGAGGCUUCGAGGCCAGACUUUUUCAACCAACAGUAUCAAACUCGGGACGUAGACUGUGUGAUUACGACGGGAGAAGUGCUGAAGUUGUUGGAACAAGAAGGGGUCUCCCUGUCAGAUGUGAGUGCUGCUCCUUUGGAUGCUAUGUUCAGCAGCACGGCAGAAGAGGAGCUGCUCGGCCAUUCUGGAGGUGGGUCCGGCGGCUACCUGGAGCACAUCUACAGAUAUGCAGCCAAGGACCUCUUUGGGAUCGAAGUGGCUGAAGUACAGUAUAAGCCUUUAAAAAACAAGGAUUUCCAGGAGGUGACACUGGAGAAGGAUGGCGUGGUUCUGCUACAGUUUGCCUUGGCUUAUGGAUUUCGGAACAUACAGAAUUUAGUACAAAAGCUGAAGCGAGGAAAGUCGCCGUACCAUUACGUUGAAGUCAUGGCUUGCCCGUCAGGCUGUUUAAAUGGCGGCGGUCAGCUCCGAGCUGAAGGCGAACCCAGCAGGGAGUUACUUCAGCAAGUCGAGCAGUUGUAUGAGUCUGUCAGGACUGAAACUCCAGAGGCAAAUGGCAGCGUACAGGAACUGUAUGAACAAUGGCUGGGUGGCGCAGCCUCUGAUAAGGCAGGGAAAAUACUGCAUACAGAGUACCAUGCCGUGGAGAAAAUGAGCACUGGAUUUAAUAUCAAAUGGUGAAGAAGCAUCCAACCUGUGUGACUGCAAGUCUUUGAAACCAAGGCAUACUAUUACUCAGCUCCUUGUGAAAUCCUCCAAAGCCAGCGCACGCUCUAGAGACUUCCCUCACCGCGACUGCGUGCGUACAAUUUGAUUAGGAUGUAAAUGGUAUGAUUAACCCGUUUUUAGAGCUCUGAAGGAUAUUUACAUGGUCUGAAUGGGAAAAGGUGUUUGACACGUCUUUUAAAACAGAAGCAAUAAUGUCUAUUAGCCUCUGGGUCCUCCUUGUCAGCCCAAGCCUGCAUUCAUUUCACUUUCCCGUCUGUCAAAGCCAAUGCAGGAGUAGCCGUGGAGUCAGCUGUGGAUGUUCUUGAUGCCCAGAUAAAAUAUUACCAGGCCAAGACCUGAAUGUCACAUCUGCUGUAUUUUCACAGCAUGAAGCUGUAUAGCUGUGGCACUUAGGACAUUUGUCAUUUAGUGAGAACUAGGUUAAGAGUACCUUGGACUCCAGUUCUGUAUUCCUGCCCAUGACUAGCCGUCUUUGGGAGUCCGACUGAUAUUUGUACUGCAUUUCAAGAGUUGAGAGUGUCACGGGCACAGACGGCAGAAGCCUAUAAUAAAGUUAUCACGACGUCUAA